GGGGUCGCGGUGCGGCAUUGGCAGGGACGUGGCCUGGCGCCGGAUAUUUAAGAGCUGAGCAUUUGUGCACGUGAGCGUGUAGUCCUCGGGUGUGGGGCACGAUGAGGCCUGCAGCCCCCCACAGCCUGCUCCUGAGCUCCCUCUGCCUGGCGCUGUGCUGCCUGGGCGGCGCGCGCGGGUCCCGGAGAAGUGGCAACCAUGAGUGGAAAAAGCUGAUUAUGGUUCACCACUGGCCUGUAACGGUGUGCAAGGAGGUUGAGAACGACUGCAGAGACCCUCCGGAUUACUGGACCAUCCACGGAUUAUGGCCUGAUAAAGCAGAAGAAUGUAAUGGAUCAUGGCCCUUUAAUUUAGAAGAGAUUAAGGACCUUCUGCCCAAAAUGAAGAUGUACUGGCCUGAUGUGAUCCAUCCACUAAAUCACAGCCAUUUCUGGAAGCAUGAGUGGGAGAAGCACGGCACCUGUGCCGCCCAGGUAGACGCCCUCAACUCACAGAAGAAAUACUUCGGUGGAAGCCUGGACCUGUACCAGGGGCUGGCGCUUAACAGCAUGCUCCAAAAAUUGGGAAUAAAGCCAUCUAUCAAUUACUACCAGAUUUCAGAUAUUAAAGACGCCCUUGCCGGCAUAUACGGAGUCAUACCUAAAGUCCAGUGUCUUCCACCAAAACAGGGUGAGGAGGUGCAGACAAUUGGUCAGAUCGAACUGUGCUUCACCAAGGAGCUGCGGCUACGGAACUGCACGGAGCCGGGGGAGCCCGGGGGGGCCGGCGGGGCCGGGGGCCCGGGGCUGGAGGUCUGCGAGGACGGCCCGGCCUUCUACCCCCCGCCCCAGCAGACCGCUCCCUGA